AUAAAAAGUAUAUAAUAUUUAUAUUUGUUUAAGGAAUCCCACUAAUAAUAUUUGGAUUAAAAUCCGGUCAUAGUUAUUAUAAGUGGACCCUACAUAACCUUUUAGUUAUAUCCAGUUUUAAUAAACAUAAUUAAACAAACCUAAAUCGUAAUGGAGAAGUUAAGAGUUUUUGAAUUGAGAGAGAAGUCAGAUGCAGAGCUCUUGAAGCUCCUGGAUGAUCUAAAGCAGGAGCUUGCAACAUUCAGAGUCUCAAAAGUAACUGCAACUGGAACCUCUAAACUCUCAAAAAUUACUCUAGUUCGCAAGGCAGUGGCAAAGGUAUUGACAGUUUAUAACCAGAGAAAGAAAGAAGAGGCAAGAAAAAAGUAUAAAAAACUGUCAAAAACGCCACUUAACCUGAGACCAAAACUUACAAGAGCUAAACGUAAAGCUUUAACAACAAAGCAGCUGACCAUGAAGACAAUUAAGGAACGUAAAAGGGCAGAAAACCUACCAAAACGUAAGUAUGCUCUUUUGGUCUAAACCUUCUUAAUUUACUAAGACACAUU